AUGCCUUCCAAUGACGGUGUUCCUGGUGCCCGAUCCUAUCGGGUACUCAUCAUCGGUGGCUCCUACGCGGGCUUGAGCACUGCAUUAACCCUGGUCGAUCUUUCGCGGGAUCAUCUCAUUGGAUCGCCCAAGGCCCUAGCCUGCGAGAAAUUCGCAUCAGAUUCGUGGACCCGGUUCCAGGAUAUUCCGGGCCUCAGAUCCUCGGGCAUCAACUUCAUUCGGGGAAGCGUUAGCUCAGUGGACUUUGCAGCAAAGACGGCCCACAUUGACGAAACAGACACGAAAGCGAAACGCAACGAGUCCUAUGAUUAUCUGGUUGUCGGCUCCGGCUUGCGACGGAAUUUCCCCACAGUCCCACAGUCUCAAGUACGAGCCGACUUUAUCGCAGAGGCCAAAAGCCACGCCGAAGAUAUUCAAAAUUCUCGCGAGGGCGUAGUGGUUGUUGGUGGCGGUGCCGUUGGCGUGGAAAUGGCGGCAGAGCUGAAGGUUCUCUACCCGGAUCAAAAGAUCACUCUCAUUCACUCGCGAAACCGUUUACUCUCGUCGGAGCCCUUGCCAGAUGAUUUUGCCGAGCGCGUUGAGUCCUGUCUGCGUGAAGUGGGCGUGGACACAAUUCUGGGUCAGCGUGUUGUUGAUACUACAGCUGUCAAUACAGAGGACGGUCGCCGAGUGUGGCGUCUAACGCUGGCCGAUGGUCGGGAGCUGACGACUGGUCUUGUGCUUAGCGCCAUCUCGCGAAGCAUCCCUACUUCCACAUAUCUUCCAUCAGAUGCAUUGAACGAGGACGGCUAUGUGAAGAUUCAUCCUUCUCUUCAAUUGUCCGGACCUAUCCCAAACGCAGAGAGCCAUUACUGUGUAGGAGACCUUGCGGCGUGGCCGGGUAUCAAGCGCUGUGGAGGUGCAAUGCACAUGGGCCACUUUGCAGGUCAUAACCUCUAUGAGCAUCUCAUGGCAGAAUGUGCCGGCAGUAAGCCGGACGUGAAGAAUCUGAAUCCGUUCCCCAAUGUCAUCGGAUUGGCGGUAGGAAAGAAAGCCGUCAGCUGGACCCCCGACGAGGGAACUCGACACGGUGAGGAGCUGAUGACCAGCCUCUUUGGAGAAGAUAUGGGAAAUUCCAGUGAGCAUAUUCCCCGGCCCCUUGCUGAUUGUAUCGAGAGCUAA